CACAGCAUUAAAAACUUACAUACCACAUAAAUUUAGCUUGUUAGAAAAAAAAAUGAGUAACGGAAUAUUAAGCAGAAAUAUUAGAAAAAUGGUUCAAUACAAUUUAAGGAAUACAUUUUAUGAUUAUCAGAAUCACUGUGGGACAUCUUGCAGUACCAUUAAAUGUUGGAAAUGGGAUAUAACUCCUGUAAUAUUGAUGCACAAUAAACCUAGUUUAAGAUAUGCAGUUCUCAUUUUAAAUAGACCAAUAUCACAAGAAGAGGCAUUUAUGAAAAACUUUUGGGAAAAAGCCACAUUAAGAAUAACAGUAGAUGGUGGAGCAUUAAGAUGGGACCAGUUUCUCACCAGACUACCUGAGGAAAUUAGUAAUAAAAUGAAAAUACCAGAUUUGAUUACUGGUGAUUUUGAUUCAAUAGCAGAAGAAACUCUCCAGAAAUAUAAAAAGAAAGGUUGUAAGGUAGUGCACACCCCAGAUCAAGAUUAUACCGAUUUUACAAAAGCACUGAAAGAGUUGAAUAAUCACUGUCAAGAACAUACAAUUGAGGUGGACAAUGUAAUAGCAAUAGGACAGGCUUCAGGCAGACUAGACCAAAUCUUAGGAAAUAUACAAACUUUAUAUCUAGCUGAAAAACAACAUUUACUUCAUCCUGAAACUAAACUCUACCUAAUGUCCGGUGAUUCAUUAUCUUGGCUAUUGGAACCUGGCAAUCAUAUUAUAAGCAUUCCCGAGGAAACAAGGAAACAUAACAGAGCUUGGUGUUCAUUAGUGCCUAUUGGAGAAACUUGCCACAGUGUCACAACAAGUGGAUUGAUGUGGAAUUUAGACAAUCAAAGCUUGAAAUUUGGAGAACUAGUCAGCACGUCGAAUGCAUUUGACGGUUCAGACACAGUCAAGAUCAAAUGUAGUCACACAAUACUUUGGUCUAUGAAGGUGCCCAGUUUGACAGGAGAAUAACAUAGUGGAGAUGAGAAUAAAUAAAAAAUAUAUAUUGGUAUUUAGUUCCUGUUAAUAAGUAAUGUCACUAGAGACAUAUUCAAUCAUCAAUUUAUAUCAUAGAAACGAUCAACAAUGUUAUGUCGUUUAUAUUCUCUUCUAACGAGGAACCUCAAUCAGUGAUAUUAAAUUUUAUAAUUCGAAUACUAUUUAAAAAAAAAGAAUAUAAUUUUAUUAAUAUGUAUCUUUCUAUAUGUACUACUUAAUGUUAUUGUGUCAAAAAAUACUACUGUACCUGACAAUAGGGGUAUUGUAUUAAUUAAAUUGAUUUUCAGUUGUGGCACUUUACAUCCUGUACAUAAGGCUUAUGAUCCACAAGUCACACAACAAACAUUUCAAUAAGGGUGCCGAUAAUUGUACAGCUUACCCUAUACUAAGUUUGUCACCAUAAAUUAUAUACAGGGUGUUUUAAAGAAACGACUCCCAAAAUACUUUCUACCUCAACACAAGAUGACGUUUAUUUAUUUCAAUCUUAUGACCGAGUGCUGAUUGUCUGAAAGUCCAUAUUUCAUUAGAGGCAACAGCAUCCACAUAUCGCCUAGUAAAGAUACAUGCAUUAAAAACUAAAAUACAUUAAAAAUGCAUAAUAGUGGUUUCUUUCAUGUCGUAAAGACGUAAGGGUGUUGACCGUUUAAACCUACUGCGUUUGCUGUGCAACGCUGUGCAUGACGUCAUUUGGGGUUAAUAAAAAUGAAAAGCUAACUUCACACACCAUAACAAUAUUUUUUUUUA